AGCAUCAUAGCUCAACUUCAAACAACUUAAGGCUAGCUUCACAACCUAAAGCUAGUUUCACAACAAACUUUCCCCUCUUGUCUAGCUUCCAUUUUUGCAGUUCCAACCUCGGUUUUAAACCAUAGGAUCGAACUCAAUUUGGGAUUCGAUCCUAUAGGUUUUUCAAGGCAAUAAAGUUUAACUAAACAAACAAAGCCCAACAACUAGUUCGAGAUGGACAAGGUAAUGAGAUUGGCCUCAGAGAAGGGAGUAGUGAUCUUUAGCAAGAGCUCAUGUUGUCUGUGCUAUGCAGUCAACAUUUUGUUCCAAGAACUGAGAGUCAACCCAGCUGUUCAUGAGAUUGACCAAGACCCUGAAGGCCGGGAAAUGGAGAAGGCUCUUUCGAGGUUGGGGUGCAACGCGCCAGUGCCUGCUGUAUUCAUCGAUGGGAAGCUGGUUGGCUCCACCAAUGAAGUCAUGUCUCUCCACCUAAGUGGCUCCCUGAUUCCUCUGCUGAAGCCUUACCAGACUCUAUCUUAAAUUACACUGUCUCCAAUAAUAUGUUGGCAAAAAAAGAAUAAUAAUAUGGCUCAGAAUAAUUAGUUUGUUGUGGUUGGUAGUGAGAGAGCUGUGUAUUGAAAGUAUAUAUACUACUGUUUUAUCUGUCAAAUGAUAUGUCUUGUAGCAUUUAAUUAGCUGGUGUAGCUUGUGAUCUGUUUCCUAUUCUUAUUAAUGAAAAUUAGCUUUUAUAUA